AUUAUUUUCUAAAUCUAGGAAGCCUCUCUUGCACUCAUGCUCCCACAUUUGAAACUCACUCUAAUAACUACAGUCGACAAAAAAUAUUACCAUUUACUAUUUUUCUCGCGAGUUGAAUACCAAACUUGGAAAGACCUAAUCGAAAAUCAUGAUUACGCGUAUAUGGAUCUGGUGGCAUAUGAGAGUUGUAUAGCAAAUUACGGAAUAAUUCCAAGAUUGACUAGUCUGAGCAACGCAAAUAACCCGCUGAAUUUCUAUGAGGGGACCCUCGAUGUCUAUUUGCAUCAAAUGAGGGGGAUUGUAUUAGACACAGCAGACGUAUUUUUAACCUUGCAAGUCGACUACUUAGGCGGAUUUUUCUCCAGAGUUUUCACAAGUGACAUCACAAAAAUGAGCAGAGACCUAAUUUUUGAUCAGAAGUUUGAAAUAUCAUUGAACUGUUCUCAAACGUUGAGGAUCAACGCCUACAAACGUAACCCAAGCACAUUCCAGGAUUUCCAGUUUUUCGCUAUGGGUACAUUCGAACUCCACACAGCAUAUCUCAGCGAUCACUACUGCUUGGUUACCGUCCCGUUGAUACCAGCCGAUUCUAGACUAUACCUGGUCAUGUCAGUGCGAUUUUUCGCUCACGAAUUCAAAGAGAAACAGCGGACUAUGUUAGAUUCCUCUAACGACGAUGUUCUACGUAUGUGGCGCAUGCGUGGAAAAGUGUUCGGCCAAUGCAUAAAGGAUGUUUUGAAGCGUGAAGAGCGAAAGAUUCCCCUGAUUGUAACGAGCUGUAUUGAGGAAAUAGAACAAAGAGGUUUGGACACGUCAUUUAUUUACAUAAUGCGUGGAGAUGACACAAGAGUGAAUGAUCUAGUUGCCGUCUUUGAUAUUUGUAGCUUCACAGCAUCUCAUUACAUCAAACAGGCAAGAUACACACCUUACGACAUAGCAGAAGUACUGACGCGUUACCUGAGGUCUCUACCUUAUUCUAUUCUACUGUGUCCAAAUAAUUACCUGCCUGUGUUCACUUUAGAGGAUACUACUGUGAAGGUACGGAUGGUUGCCUUUCUCUUGACGAAUAUCCCGGAACCAGGUCGCACAGUGUUUUCUUAUUUAUUGGAUCACAUGGCAAAGUAAGAAUAACCACAGGAU